AUGAAGGUCUCCGUGGCUAUCCUAUCCUUCCUCAUCCUGGCUGUUGACCUAGGAUCCCAGGUCCAGAUCAAAGAUGGUUUUUACCAUCCUGUUGAGUGCUGCUAUUCCUACAUUACCCGAAACAUCCCAUGUGCAUUCAUGACAGAAUAUUUUGAUACAAGCAGCUGGUGCCCCCGCCCAGGUAUCAUCUUCCUCACCAAGAGGGGGAAACAAAUCUGUGUCGACCCUAACAGUAGACAUUUUCAGUAUUGCAUGGAGCGUCUCACUCCUUAA